UUAUGACCUGGGACUUGCGUCAUACCCAGCGUAAGGGGCGAUAUCAACCAGUCAGACGGUCAUACAACCCACCUCCUAUCCAAACCACAUCCCCGCACAAUCAACACCACAAGAAAAAGCUUCCAACACAGUAACCUCCAGUCAGUCUCAAAAAUGCUACGAGUAACCCGCCUCGCACCAGGCCGACGCGCCCUCCUCCCACACCCACACCUCCCCGUGCACAACACCGCCGCUCCCGCCACCUCGCGCCCGGUAACAUUCGUCACGGGCAAGAGCAACACCACCCGCCCCGUCAUCUUCACCAGCAUGAACGGCGGCACGCCCAAACCCAAGCCCUCCGUCGCACGCCCGCUCUCGGCAUGGGGCCCAAGCACCAUGUCCACCCUCGCCCUCGGCAGCAUACUCGGCGGGUCGUGGUAUAUAUGGGAGGCCGGGCGCGACUACAUGGUGGGGCCCGAGGCCGACCGGCACGAGCCGCGGGUGCUGGGCACGCACCGGGAGGGGAAGGUGAACCGGGAUUAUGUGAACUACGAUCAGUGGGUGGAGAGGCACAGGCAUGGGCGGCGUGGGAGGGAGAGGGGGGGUGAGUGAGUGAGUGAGUGAGUGAGUUCGGGAGUGGGGGCUGUGAGGCUGUGAGUGUGGGCUUGGG